AUGGCCACCAAGAAGGACAUGCGGAGGCCAGAUCUAGUUGUUCCAUAUGUCGAGCCGCCUGAGAAACGGCAGGAUGCGGACAUGAACAGCACGGUGUCUAGCACGAUGCCCAUGGCUGCUAUGUUUACGAAGAAUAAGAUGAUUGCUUGGUAUGCGUUAAUCCUAACUCGUCAUAUUGAUACCUUCGGUAAAAUAUUGUCGGGAAUAUCUCGAACUGACUAUCCAACUCCUGUCCGUCUAAAACAGGGCUUCCGUUACCUUCUCUCUCCAGAGCUGGAUGGCAGAGAGCCCCGAGCAGAGGAAGAAGGCCUCAACGCCGGGAUAUAUGGCUGUGAUUAUGUCUUUCGUGGCUGUCUUUGUCACAUAUCUACCCCUAUUUUUGCCUCCCCCGGGGAACACAGGAACGAAAACGGCAGCGCCUCCUCCCGUUCCAUCCUCUUGACCAAUACCCCAUAUCCAUGUACUUCUUUUGGUGGAAGCCACCAAUAA